AUGGCUACUGAUGAGGUUCCUCUAAAUGGCGAGUCGCACACGGAGAAAAGAGAUGAGGAGUCCCCAAAUGUCGCAACCGGUAAUGGCGAGAAUGAAGAGAAGCCAAUCGCAAAUCAAUUCCCCAAAAGAGGAACUGGACAAGCGGAGGUCAAGAAUGAGGAAAAGAGGCCCUCCAAGUUGAAGGUGAUAUGGGGAAAACUUGGACUUGAUGCGCCGACGUUGAUGAUGAUGUUCAAGGGAUCUGUUGCUCCUACAAUUGCUAUUGGCAAGUCAAUUGAAGCCCGUGUUGCCAUCUUUUCGAACAUUGCUUUCACAUAUGGGCCCAUUUUCCCCACCUUUGCAUUGGCUGAAUCUCUCAUCAAACAGAUGCUGAAGUCAUUCUUGACUGCUUUUGCUAUAAGCACAGCGGUCAACCUGUUCGUUAUACCUAUCUCGUGUCGUUUGGUUGUGUUUAAAGGACAAGCGGGAUACAUUCAGUUAAUAAGGGGUGUGCUCAAGGCUCAGACAAAAUAUCUACAAAGCUUGGAGGAAAGUGAUAUGUUUUCCGGUCCCGCUACUGAGAAUAGUGAUACCGCUGGUAGCCAGUCAGGUGAAUCCAGGAAAAGUGGAGUGGAAUCUAGCCACCCAGCACUGUCUCCAGAGGCUAAGGCGUUAAAGAGAGCAAUUGAAGGCUUGCGCGGGUUGCAUGGAAAACUUUACGGAGAUAUGCCGUUCGGGAAACGUGAGGUUGCUUGGGGAAAAUUGGAUGCUAAGGAUAUGGACAAAAUUUUCAAUUUGUUCCAAGAUAUCAUGAUUCCACUUUUGGGGAUGAGUACUAUUACGGAUAUUUUUGUACGAAUCGGUGAAAGGCGCGGCUGGGUCAAGUCCACAGGCCCAAAUGAUCGUUCUGAGCAAUGGGAGCACAUGCCACUAGAAAGCAAGGCAGAAGAAAAAAGAUUAUGGAAUGAAGUGAUGAAAACUCUCCACGAACCGUUUGCUAUCGUGACCGCAGUUAUGGAUCAAGGGUUGGAGCAUGCGGCACUUACUUUGGAGCUUAUUCCUCGACCGAAGAAGAAAGCUGCUGGCGAUAUCGAGACUGCUGCUGAACAAUCAAAGCCUGGCGAUGCCGGAUUUCUCGCUUACAUGGAAAAGACUCUGAAUGAAUUUUACAAGGAACGUGGUGCAACUUUGAAGAAAUGGGCACAGGAAAAAGGUUUGUCUGCGGAACAGUUCGACGCAAGUAGGCCGAUCCCUGCCGGCGGGGAGCCUGUCACUGGAGACGAAGCCUCGCACAGAAGGGAUCAACAGCAGUUAUAUCUUAUUCUUUUCAUGGAAAAUCUUCUCUAUACGGCCGGUCUUGCAGUAAUGAAAUUGGUCCGGUUUGCGGAUGGUAAAGUAGAAGAUGGAUCUAUGAAAAAGAAUCGUCUGAUUUUACCAGGUCAACGCCGAGUAAAGAAAUGGAUUCUUGGCCUCGCAAAAGCAGACACAACUGUGGAUAGUAACACUCCAGAUAAUCAAGAGGCAGGUAUAAACAAUGUUUACUUGGGCUCAGGAUUCAAUCCUCGAAAAGACCCCGAGCAUUUACCACCGAACACUGCUUGGCAGCACUUUGGAAACGGGCUUAGAACUAUUCCAAGGUUUCUAGGCAGCCAAGAAUCAGCAUUUGGUUUCAGAGUCGCAUGCGCAACUUUGACUUUGGGAAUCGUUGCAUUUCUCAAGGAUACUCAUGUCUUCUUCCAGCAGCAAAGAUUAGUUUGGGCUUUGAUUAUCAUUGCCAUUGGUAUGACGAUGACUUCAGGCCAAUCGAUAUUUGGAUUUCUAGCCCGUGUCAUAGGGACUGCACUAGCAAUGGUCACCUCGAUUGUCAUCUGGUAUAUUGUUGAUCAAAAGACCCCAGGAGUCAUAGUAAUGCUGUGGUUUUUCAUUUUCAUAGAGAUGUACCUUUUCCUGAAAUUCCCUCGCUUUAUACCAGCUUGGCUUGUGUUUAUAGUCACCCAAGUCCUGAUCGUUGGCUAUGAGCUUCAGGUUAGGAAGAUUGGAAUUGCAGCAUCGACUAGCUCAGGGCAACCCUAUUAUCCAAUUUAUGAGCUUGCUCCAUACAGACUCGCAUGUGUCGCGGGAGGAUCUUUCGUAGCAUUCAUUUGGACCUUCUUUCCCUACCCGCUCACGGACCGCAGCUGGUUAAGAAAAGAUCUGGGAGCGACCCUUUACAUCUUGGCAAACUACUACUCAACGGUUCAUUCGACUAUUCGCUCUCGAAUGCACGGAAUGGAAGGUGAUAUGUCAUUGAAGACUAGUCCUGGUCGUCGCCUUGAAAAGGCUCGACAUAGGAUGUUUGGCAAGCUUCUCUUGCUUCUGCCAUCUCUGCAACAACAUGCUGCUUGGCAGAGAUUUGAGCCCACCAUUGGAGGAAAGUUUCCUCGUGAAACUUACAAUGACAUCACACAGAGAUGCUCCAAUAUUAUGGGGUACCUCGCAUUGAUGUCAUAUACCACAAAAGCCUGGUCUAGAGAUGCCGAUACAAAGACUGAUACCCGAAGCAAGUGGCUUCGUGAUCUAGCUGUCGUCAUGGAACAGAUUGAGCCCACCAGCCAUCAAAUAACUUCAACCCUCGCACUCCUGUCUGCCGCGAUCAGUUCAGGGGUUGCCCUUCCUCCUUUCAUCCAACUUCCCCAACCUUAUAGCCUCAGUAGUCGGCUUGAAGCUCUCGAUAGUGGGAUUCUAGACUCAAGACAUGUUGAAGAACCAGGAUAUAGUGCUUAUGCAGUUAUGCAAGUAGCAAGCUCAUUGGUGACAGAUGAUUUAGCUGGAUUGGUAGAAAGUGUUAAGAAAUUAGUGGGGGAAACAGAUUUCUCGUUUACAGUCGGGGGCAGUGAGGAUAGUUUGACGGGCCCCGAGGGAAAUGGAAGAAAGGGAAAGAACGACUAA